AAAUAAAUUGAGAAAAAGUGGAUCUUGAUCUGAAACUAAAAAAAGGUCACAUCUUCACCUCUUUUGAUAGUUCUUGAUUCAACCUCUUCAAAAACUACUUGUCACCCAUAAAACUCUUAAACCAUUUUCCCCUUUGCCUUUUUUACACACAAUAUUGUUUAUGGGGUACCAGUAUUAGAAGCAUAUUAUUACUAAGUUUGCGGUUUAAGGAUCUUAUAUUAUUGCACCUUUUCUUCUAUUCUAAUAAUUGACCAAAUUUGCCUAUAAAGUUACCAACUUUUUGCUUCAUUACCAUUGGGAUCUUGCAUCCAGACUCAGAGACUCUCUUCUAUUAGUGUAUCAGAGCUGUGUUUGGUUUAUAAGAAUAUCAUCAUGUUCAAGUACUCGCCGCGUAGAAACCAACAGAGAAAUAAAGGUUUUAAGGUGAAACAUGCUCUUCAGAUAUGUGUACUUGUUGGUGUUUGUAUCUGGCUGCUUUACCAGGUCCAGCACUCACGUAGCAAGAAAGCAUCUAUUGAACAAAACACAAGAGCCUCAGAGAAGGUACAAACUGACAAUGAUGUUAUAAGGUUUGGAAGGAAGGACCUCCUACCUCAAAAGAAGGAAGUGGAUAUUGAUGAUGAGAAGCUGAAGGAGGUGACGGAGGAAGAUGAGCUUAAGCGUUUUGAUGAUGAUACCAAAGUGGAGGAGCAUGACCAUGAUCUAGAAAAAUCAGCGGAGGAUAGUGAGCAUAAAGGGGCUUCAGUGGAUGAGGAUACAGGGACAGAAAAAAUCGAGGAGAAAGAAGUGAGUGGAGAAAAUGCUGAAGCAGAAAGCAAAGAGAACACUGAAGAUGGCAAAGGCGAGAAUGAAGAUGGCAAAGGCGAGAGCACUGAGGAAGCCACGGACUCAAAUACCGACGACAGUGAAACUAAUGAAACCAGAGAAGAAGAUAGUGAAAAAGAUCAGGUAAAGCAAAGUGACGUUGAGGGUGAAGAAACUAAGGAUCAGGGAUUAGAAAAGGAAGUCAAGGAUGUUAAAGAGAAUAAUGACAGUGAAAGUGAAGAGAAGGCACAAAGUGAAGAGAGUGGAAAUGAAGAAACCUCUAUAAAUAGAAGUGAAGAAGUAGUUGAAAAUGUAAGUGACAAGAAGUCGGUGGAAUUGGAAGAAAGUAAUGAAGGGAAAGUAAAAGAGAAUGAGGAGAGCAAAGAAGAGAAGAAUGAGGGGGACAGCAGAGAGAUUGAUGAAGCCAGCAAAGAGAAGGAGGAGAACCAAGGCAAAACUGAAGAAUCUGGCUCAUCAGAAGAUAAGGUUCAUGAUGAAGUUGAUACAACUAAUGAGGCUUCAACAGUGGAAAGUGGCAAGGAAGAGAGUUCAGUGGUUAAAGAAACUUCAGAUUCUGAAAACAUGACUGGUACAGAAGGAGAUGGUAAUGUAGCCUUGAAUAAUGAGGAGGAAUCCAAGAAGGGAGAAGAUGAGUUGCAAGAUACGAAAAAUAAGUUGGAUUCAGAUGCUGGAGAAAAUAAGAUGCUUGAACAAAAUAGCUCUGCAGAUACAAAUACUGUUGGAGAAGUGACUAAUGAAAGCAACACUGAGGACAGUUCUAAUGCUGCAGCAGGAAACAAUGAAGCCGCUAGCCAGCAGACAGAAACUGACAAUUCUGCCUCUGAAGCCACUCAAAAUGAAAUCAACAGUAAUGAUAACUCCAAUCAAGCAGGAACAAAUGAAGCCAAUGAACAUCAGCAAGAAAAUGAGAACUCAGCAUCUCAUACCAUACAAAAUGAGAACAACUCUAGUGAUAACUCAGAUCAUGCAACAGGAACCAACAAAGCUAAUGAACAACAGCAAGGAAAUGAGAACAACUCUAGUAAUGACUCCAAUCACGCAGCAGAAACCCAUGAUGUCAAUAAGCAGCAGCAGGAACAGGAAAGUUCUGUUUCUGAUACCAAACAAAAUGAGAAGAACUCUGGUGAAGACUCCAAUCUUGCAGAAGGAACCAACGAAGCCAAUAAGCAGCAGAAGGAACAAGACAGUUCUUCUUCUGACACCAAACAAAAUGAGAAGAGCUCUGGUGAAGACUCCAAUCUUACAGAAGGAACCAAUGAAGCCAACAAACAGCAGCAGGAAAAUGAAAGUUCUGUCGCUCAUACUACACAAAAUGAGAACAACUCCGGCGAGGACUCCAAUCUUGCACAAGGAACCAAUGAUGCCAACAAACAGCAGCAGGAAAAUGACAGUUCUGCCUCUCAUACCACACAAAAUGAGAACUCAAUUAAGGAAGCUGUUUCUGUUGGAGAUGGCACACAGAACGAUCCAAAUGAGCAGCAGUCUGAGAAAAACGAUUCGAAUUCCUCGGGAAAUGAAGAAUCAGUAACAAGUUCAAAAGGCUCUGUUACAGUUGACCAAAAUGGCAACUCUGUAACAGCUGGUGCAACUGAGAAGUCAACAGGAGGUGGGAACGAUCAAAAUGAGGUAAACCAAAAAGCAGAUACUAAUUCUGAUACAGGCUCUGGGAACAAAAUAAAUCCCUCAAAUGACAAUGAUGAGACAGACCCCAAAUUAACUGAUUCUUCCACCUCAAAUAGCAAACCUGAUGAUAGCCAGCAAAAGCAAGUGGAGUCGACAGAUUCUGCGAUUCCUCGAGAAGAGACAGAGGCUCGUACUGAUCUGGGAACAUUGCCACAGACAGGAAGCGAGGGGAACAGUCAUGAAGAAGCUACAGCAGAGUAACACAGAAACGUAGUAGUAGUACUAUUUUUAUGCCAAGGUUCUGUUCACAUUUUUUCUUCUUGCUGCCUUUUUCAAAGUCUUUCAAGGCAAAUAUGAAGUGAAAUAACUUCGGUUUCCUUGCCUGUCGAUUCCAUUGACCCAUCAUGUGACAAAUAUAUAGUUUAAUGUUGCGCAGAACUCAGUUACUUGUUCAUCUCUAUCCCAUAAACGUGUAUCUGCAUGUCUAAACAUGCAAUUUUUCGUGCAUUAUUAAUGAUAAAAGUUUUCUUCAUCUUUGGAA